ACUUCUCCAAUGUCACUACUGAAUCGUACAUUUACACAUUUCAGCACAACAACUGCAAAAGUAAAUCAAUUGGCAGCAUGCACUAGGCCAGCAAUUACCCCAUUUGUUAAAAAUAAUAUAGAACUCACUCAAGUCCGUUGGGCUACAAAAAAAUCAGGAGGCUCUUCUCGUAACGGUAGAGAUUCAGCAGGUAGAAGAUUAGGAGUGAAGAUAUUUGCAGGACAAGAGGUUGUUCCUGGCAACAUUAUUGUCCGUCAAAGAGGCACCAAGUUCCACCCAGGAGACAAUGUUGGCAUUGGUAAAGAUCACACACUCUAUGCUUUAGAACCAGGAUAUGUUCGUUUUUAUAAGGAUCCACAACACCCUAAGCGUAGACUAGUUGGUAUUGUCUUUGAUCGUGAAGCAACACUUCCUAUCCCUUUAGAUCAACCAAAGCCUAGAAGAUUUGGAUUGAUUGAUUUGACUACUUUAUAACAAAUUUGUACAUUAUUCAGAAUAAAAUAAAAUUUCAAACAGCAAAUGCGACAAUAAAUAGCAAAAUAGAGAGCCACAAGAAGCAAAAAGAAUGAGAUAUCAAAAUGAUUAAUAACAUCAAUUUUCAUUUUGUUAUAUAAAGUUCAAAUCUCCCCCCCCCCUUUUUUUUAUCUUUCGAAAAGAUGAAUAAAGAACAAUAAAGGACAGAUGGAUCAAGUGUAAUUAAAGAAUUGUGCGCGAAUAAUUUAUGAAAGAAGUGUUUAUGAGAUAUUAACCAAACACGAUGUCUUUUUCCCCUUAAGUAAACUAAAACAAAUUCCGCGCGCGCGCAAACCGAGAGAAUUAGAGAGAGAGAGAGACAAAGGACAAACAGAGAAAGAGAGAAAGAG